GGGCCAUGGCUGCGGCCGAGCGGGACCCGCACGGGAGGGGCGAGGAGGAGGAGGAGGAGGAAGAAGAGGAAGAGGAAGAAAAAGAGAAGGAAGAAGAGGAAGAAGAAGGAAAGGAGGGGGAAGAAGAGGAAGAAAAGGAGGAGGAAGAGGAAGAAAAGGGGGAGGAAGAGGAGGGUGCCGAGGCCCCCUCCGCCCCCCCCCCGAAGCCGGUGGUGCCGGGGGUCCUUUAUUUGUCCUUCCUCCCGCCGGGCUUCGGGCCCCGCCAGGCCCGGGCGCUGCUGCGGCCGCACGGGGAGCUGGGCAGGGUCUUCCUGCAGCCCCGCGGAGGCUCCGUGCGGCGGCGGCGGCAGCGCCCGGGGGGGCCCCCGGCCGUGGCGUUCGCCGAGGGCUGGGUGGAAUUCCGGGACAAACGCGCGGCCAAACGCGCGGCCAAAAUCCUGCACGGGGCCCCCAUGGCCCCCCGGCCCCGCAGCCCCUUCCGCCAUCACUGCUGGAGCAUCAAGUACCUGCCCGGGUUCCGGUGGCCUCACCUGAGCGAGCGGCUCAGCUACGAGCGCCAGGUGCGGGCGCAGCGCCUGCGCGCCGAGGUGGCCCAGGCCAAGAGGGAGGGGGGCUUCUACGCCCGCCGCGCCUCCAAGGACCCCCCCAAAACCUCCCGAGACCCCGCGGCCCCCGCCCCGACCUGGGGCUUCGCACAACGACCCACCGAGGAGGAGAUCUGGCGGCGCAAAGCUCGGCCCCCCCCCGGCCGCGCCCCCCCAGAGCCUGCUGGAGAAGGUGUUUGGGACAGGCAGGUGAGACCCCCCCUCAAAUCUGGGGGGGCUCAGGCGUCCGGGAGGGGCCCUUGGCACGCCAGGGCCUCCUCCGGACGCCGAUGCCUUUCUCAAGGAUCGCAGAAUGUUUUAUUUUUCUCCUUAAAACUUUUAUUACUUUUAACAAAAAUAAUUCCUCGCGGUCUCUUUAAAUUCUGCCGAGGGGGCGGGGCCGAGGGGAGGGGGCGGGGUUAUGGCUUCGGCGCGAAACUCCCUGAAGGCAGCGCGGGGGGCGGGGAGUGGGAGUGGCUUAAGCAGCGCAGGCCACGCCCCUUUACCAUAAAAGGACGUGGGCUAAGAAAGCAACAGCAGGUGAAAGGUGCGUGUGGGCGGGGCCUGUUCCGAGGGGCGGGGCCGGAGGAAGCCACGCCCCUCACCACGCCUUAAA